AUGACGGGCAAAGCGGGCGCGGCGCUGGCCCCCAGCCUGCCCGGCAAGCCCAAGCCCGACGGCGCGGCCGCCGCCCCCGCCGCCCCGCCACCUCCUCCGCCGCCCCCCGCGGCGGGGGUCAAGCCCAGCUCCGGGCCCACCCCUCCCCGUUGCACCGGUUUCGGUAUCCAGGAGAUCCUGGGCUUGAACAAGGAGCCGCCGUCGCACCCUCGGGCCGCCCUGGACUCUCUGCCCGCCGGGCACCUGCUGGCGGCCCGCUCCGUGCUCAGCCCCGCCGGAGUGGGCGGUGUGGGCAUGGGGCUACUGGGGGCCGGCGGCAUCCCCGGCUUUUACACCCAGCCCACCUUCCUGGAGGUGCUCUCCGACCCCCAGAGCGUCCACCUGCAGCCCCUGGCCCGGGCUCCCGGGCAGCUGGACAGCAGCCAGACGGCCAGCUCAGAUUCCGAGGAUGUCUCCUCCAGCGACCGAAAAAUGUCCAAAUCUUCCCUAAACCAGAGCAAGAAACGAAAGAAGAGGCGGCACAGGACAAUCUUCACAUCCUACCAACUGGAGGAACUGGAAAAGGCCUUCAAUGAGGCCCACUAUCCUGACGUAUAUGCUAGAGAGAUGUUGGCCAUGAAAACAGAGUUGCCAGAAGACAGGAUACAGGUUUGGUUCCAGAACCGCCGGGCCAAAUGGCGGAAGAGGGAGAAAUGCUGGGGCAGGAGCAGUGUGAUGGCUGAGUACGGGCUCUACGGUGCCAUGGUGCGUCACUCCAUCCCACUGCCUGAGUCCAUUCUCAAGUCUGCCAAGGAUGGCAUCAUGGAGUCCUGCGCCCCUUGGCUCCUGGGGAUGCACAAAAAGUCUCUGGAGGCAGCGGCUGAGGCGGGGAGGAAGACAGAGGUGGAGCGCCAGGCCCUGCCCAAGCUUGACAAAGGUGACAAGGAAGAGAGGGGUCCGGAUCCCAAAACCACCAUUUCCCAGGAGGAACUGAGAGAAAACAGCAUUGCCGCCCUCAGGGCCAAAGCUCAGGAGCACAGCACCAAAGUCCUGGGGACCAUUGCUGGGGACACCCCGGCCCCAGGCAGGAAGCCGGAGACAGGGGAGGAGGUGGCAGUAGCAGAGGAUGAGAGACAGACGGAGAAGCUGAACUCAUCGCAGAAGGAGGAGAAGCUGAUCUAGGGCGAAGAGAGGCGGUGGAAGCCAGCCCCGACAGACACUGUGUCCUGUGGGGACCAUGUUCCUACUCAGACUGUCAGGCCUCCCUGGUCACCCCUGCCAGGGAAGCGGGCUCUGGUCUCUGUGUUUGGGGCUGCCUGGCAGGGGUGCCCAUUGCCUGCUCCCCUUGAGCAUACCCCUGCCCCUCACUCCUCUGCCCCACCAGGCCCUCCUUACCCUCCACCCCUUCCUUUUGGGGGACACACAUCAUCAUUGCCACCCAGGAGGACACCAAGGCUCUGGUCCCUUCAGCCUCUUGACUGCCUCUGGGGCUUUUUCCUGCUGCUGCAGCCCCAAAACCCAUCUGCCGUCCUGAAGCAAGCCUGUCCCCUCCUGCCAUGCCCCUCCUU